UGUGUUGCAACGAAAGAGUCCAAUCCUUAGACAAUCCUAUUACAGCCUCUGUGCGUGGUUACACUUUAAUUGACUCGGACAUAUCACAUGGUCGGAAAUCAGCGCUGCUGGCUGUUUACCCGGAUGAUAUCUACUCGUCUGUGUCCGAGGAGCUGCUGGACCUCUCCGAGCAAACAAGCAUGGAUUUCAUGACAGAUCGGGACGUGCAAAAGUACAUGGAGGAUGGGUAUGUGGUUCUGGACGGGCUGCUGACCUCUCAGGAGUGUGAUGAGCUGAGGCAAAGGAUGGUGGAGAUAGUGGACCGGAUGGACGUACCGGAACACUGCCGGAUCACCUUCUCCACCUAUCAUGAUGAGCAGCUCAAAGAACAGGGAAAUGCUGACUAUUUUAUUACCAGUGGAGACAAGAUCCGCUUUUUCUUUGAGAAAGGAGUUUUUGACGACAAAGGGGAAUUCAUCGUACCAAAACAGCGGUCAGUAAAUAAAGUUGGACAUGCACUACAUGCCUAUGAGCCGUUGUACAAAAAAGUUACACAUUCACCCAAAAUCCAGGGAAUAGCCAAGAAGCUGGGUCUCGUCAGUCCUGUGGUCCUGCAGAGCAUGUUCAUUUUUAAGCAACCAGGCAUUGGUGGAGAAGUGACACCACAUCAAGACGCCACCUUCCUGAACACGGAGCCUCUGGGCAGAGUUAUGGGGCUGUGGAUCGCACUGGAAGAUGCCACUGUUAACAAUGGCUGCCUGUGGUUUAUCCCGGGUACACAGAACAGUGGUAUUACUCGGCGUAUGGUGCGAACCCCAAAGGGCACCUUUCCCAUGACAGACUUUGUCGGUCGAGAGAAAACCUUCGACGAUGAGAAGUUUGUUGCUGCACCUGUCAAAAAAGGUGGUGUAGUCCUGAUCCACGGGGAGGUGGUGCAUCGCAGUGCUGAAAACACCUCAGAGGACUCUCGCCACGUCUACACCUUCCACGUCAUGGAGAGCCAGGACACCCGCUGGAGCCCGGACAACUGGUUGCAGCCCACUGAAGAGCUCCCUUUCCCGCCUCUCUACACUAAAUGAAGGAUCUUUUAUUGCCGCUGCAGUUCAAGGAAAGACAGAAGAUCUUUUCUGAACGUAUGAACGGUUAUUACCACAGAAAAUGUGGCGCCAUGUUUCAUGGCUUGUUUUCUAUCCUCUAGAACACCAGCUGUUUCUCUGAGCCACAGUACAAGUUAAUGAAUAUAUCAAUGUUUUUAAAUUACAAGAAAAUUAAUAGUAAACAUUUUUUAACUUUUUGAUCAACUUUCCAUGGAAACGUCACAAUUUAACACAUUUAUUCAGCAGCUCCUCAUUAACAUUCUCAUUCUUCUUCAUUGUCAUCUUUUCAAAUUUAUGUCAAAACAAGAUGGCAGAUUCCUAUUUUUAUACAGACAAACGAUAAGCAAUUCUAUUUUCAAGUAUGUUCAUGUUAAGACACAACUUAAAUGGAUAAACUACUAAAAUUUCUGUGAAUGACUAUCAACAAUGAUAUCCAAACCUCUUAAGUUAAAAAUCAAACUGAGAAACCAAAUAAUUGUUUUUCAAUCUCUCCACACAGUUUCUGCUUCUCAAAUUGAAUAAAAUAGGAGGCAUUUCAGUUUUAUCUUUCUUCUCUGAUGCACUCAACAUGCAAUAUUACAUUUUUCUAAAUGUAAGGAUGAUGGCAAAAACAACGUACUAGUAAGAUCAUGCUGAUAAAUUGUUACAACAUAAAAAAAACACCAAUUACAGAUCAACAUAAACCAUAAGGCC